AUGAACUUCCCUCAAACAGAAGCAAAAUUUGUCUCACACCUGGGCUCUCAAUAUUGCAAAGAGGACUGGACAGAGGCAAUACGCACACUCUUCUCAGCCAAUGAAGACAGUAUUCAGGCUUUGAAAAAUCUUCACACUGUCAAGGCUCAGCACAUUCUGUCAACAGCAACAGCGGCAGAGCCCUCUGGGGGAUCAUACCACCACUCUGCAUGUGCUUGGUUUGAGAAGGUGGCAGAACUCAAAAGCAGGUUCACCUCAAACUCUAGGUUGUUGUGGGUCCAUGCAGCAGUACCAUUACCAGAUACAACAUCUCAAGUGGACCCUUCACCACAACCAGUUCCUUUCUCCAGUGAGGCCGCACAUCACACUAUCAAGGUUCCUACCUUAACAGAUAUGCUUGAUAUAUACAUUGUUGUGUAUCUGGAUGAUCUGCUGGAUGUUCCUAUUGUCAUUAAAACUGAUGCCUCUGACUAUGCUAUUCCAGAAUACUGUCUAUUGCAUGUCCAGACUCAGAGCUUCACCUGGUAA